UUUUAUCCAUUCGAUAGCCGACCGUCGCGCCGCGCGAACGUCUGCCAUGUUUUAUUUAAUAGUGUUGUUAUUUUCAAGUGCGUACGCGCAAACCAUAGUAAAUACUACGCAAGGCGAGGUGCAAGGUGCACAGGCGAAUGAUGGGAACUAUUCAGUGUUUUAUGGAGUACAUUAUGCUGGUUCGACGUCUGGGGCUAACCGGUUCAAGGCACCGCCCCCACCACCAAGAUACCCUGGCGUGUUCCAUGCUAUCGACAGGACAGUAAUAUGUGCCCAUCCCACCCCUCGAGGAAUCGUAGGAGUAGAGGACUGCCUAGUCCUCAACAUCCACACGAAGAACGUGACGACGCCCAAACCAGUUAUGGUCAUUCUACUUGGAGAUGAGUACUCUUCUAUCGACAUCAAGCAGUACUCUUAUAGAAGACUCGUUGAAUCUGACGUGGUUGUGGUCACCAUGAAUUACAGAUUAUCUAUCUUCGGAUUCUUAUGCUUGGGUGUUCCUGAAGCACCGGGCAAUGCAGGACUAAAAGAUAUUGUGCGAGGAUUACAAUGGAUACAGGACAAUAUUGCUGGAUUCGGCGGCGAUCCGAACAAUGUGCUUCUAUUUGGGCAUGGUUCGGGAGCGGCUAUGGUAGAUUUGAUCACACUAUCUCCGUUAGCAACCAAUUUAGUUAAUAAAGCUAUAACGCAGAGCGGUUCUUCUUUAGCACCAUGGGCUAUUGCUUACGAACCUAUCAAAUAUGCCCAAGUUUUUGCAGAACAGCUCAGUUACACAGGGGAAACUCCAGGGGGACUGGCUAGCAAAUUAAUCACAACUGACGUAUCCCUCCUGGCUCCAGCAUUACAGAGCAUUAGUUUCCUGAACAACUCCGUCCUUUUCGCUCCAUGCAUUGAAAACAAAGCUCUCAACGAUACUUUCCUCACUGAAGCUCCCAUUGAUUUAAUAAGAUCUGGCAACUACAGCCAUAUUCCUUUUAUAGCCGGAUACACGGACAGAGAAGGCACGAUCAGAGCUGUUGAAGCGGUUAAUGAGGGGUGGCUAGAAAGAAUGCAAACGAAUUUCACAGACUUCAUCCAAGUCGAUUUAGGAUUCAAUGCAACAGUGAACAAAACCGUUGUAGCUAACAAUAUAAGAACGUUUUACUGGGAUAAUAGAGCAGUGAAUAUGGAGACGAUAACUGAUUACUUAAACUAUCAUGGAGAUACGGCAGUAGUUGUGUCUGUGAUAAGAGGGGCCAGGGAAAGAGCGUUAACCUCAAGAGCUGCCGUGAGACUCUUGGAGUUCACAUAUAGAGGCACUAGGAAUUCCGAUUGGCUGUACCAUCAAAUUCCGAUCGACGGAGUGUGGCACGGCGCUGUUCUGAACUACCUGUUCGAUUACGACCUGAAGCCGGAGGACGAGAACGCCAGGGCGUCACUAGUCAGGCGCUUCGUGUCAUUCGCUAGUACCGGAGAGCCCACGAACGACCAAGUGACCUGGCUACCAAUAAACGCAAACGCUUUCAACUACCUCUACUACGCCGGCGACUCCUCAACUGCCCUCGUCACCCUUCAAGAAUCCGCGCGCGUCAACCCUCACUCCGGCCGAAUGAGCUUCUGGGACAACCUGUAUGACGCGUAUUACGUGCGUCCUCCACCCGUGUCUUCGGCGGAAAAGAUAAUUGGCCUCGCUUUCGUGUUAGCGUUAGCGCAAGUUGUGCUUGCUUAUUUAUAAAUGUUUAGGUAUAAGUAUUUUUGAAACUUAUUGAUGUCUUUUUUAUUGGAAUUUAUAGUAGCCACAAUUGACGGACUGAUCAGUAUUCAUCAACCCGUGACUCAGAUAAGAACUAUAAAACUUCCCAUACAAAGAAUUUAGUUCACGUUUUAAGGGUGACAGAUGGUUUGGUGUAAAUCUUAUACAUUGUCAAUAGACUAAUAUAAUGUGAGUCGGAUGUUAUCCUACAGUUCUUUAGUAAGUGACUACUUUAUCUAAUAGGUCUUAAUAAGAUUGCCCUUUGAACUAAGGUCAGACAAGCGAUUCAUAUAACUUCAUCGAAAGAUUGCCCAAGAGCUGUUUAAAUAGGUUAUUUGAAUUUAAGAAUUAUUUGCAAACAUGUUUUACAGAAAGAGGCAUAGCCGCGACUUUUCGUAAUAUAAUAAAGUGAUCUUUAUGUGUGGAUUAAGCUGCGAUAAUAGAGUUCAGACUAUCUUUUAUGGAUGCGAUAUUACUGUAUUUUCUAAUUGUAAAUGUAAUGAACCCAAUAUUAGUUAAAAAGCCAGUGACAUUUUUUUUAUUAUACUUUGACAUGGAAGUGCCAUAAAGCUAAUACAGGAAUAUUAAAUUACUUUUUUUUUUUUUUUUUUUAUAACGAUAGGCAAGCGUUUGACCACGAUCUCACCUGAUGGUAAGUGAUGAUGCGGUCUACGGUGGAGCACGCUUACCUAUGAGAUACCUAUUUACCCUAGCCUUGAAGAGACCCAGAUUGUACUCAUGCGGAAACACAGACUCGGGCAGGGCAUUCCACUCCUUGGCAGUUCGCAUAAGAAAUGUUGAAGCAAAACGCUUCGUGCGUAUUUGUGGAAUACCUACCAUGAAGCGAUACUUCUAAAAUUUAAAUUCUACAAACAAUUUAUUAUUACUAUUUGCACUAUUUAUAUCAUAUUGGAACGCACCAUUUAGAGAAUCGAAAAUUGUAACCGAACAUUACUUGAUCUGUAUAUAAAAAUAUGUUAAAUAAAAAGUAUUUUUGCAUAACUACCAGACUAAACGUGCGCAUUUUCAUAAUUAUGCAUUUAUUAAAUCGUUACAUUUUUGACUUUAUUAUACCUAAUGACAUAAUAAUAUGAUUGUUAACUAGACAUAGGCUUAGCAAAAUAGUUAUUAUAACUUUUGUUAUUUUAAUAUCAAUAAAUGCGAAAUUACGCAAA